AUGUUAUCAUUAAUUAAUUCGAAAAUUUUUACCUUACGGCAUCUGUCUAGAGGCAAUCGUACUUCUUUCGAUAAAUCAAUCGGAUUAUUCGGAAUAGCAGUAAUACAGUUUUCUGCUGAUCCAAAUUUGCAGAAAGCUGUAGAGAUUAAACGAAACCUCGGUCGAAAAUAUAUUUGGACCGGGCAAGAAGAGAGCCAAUUGCUAGAGGCAGUCGAAAAACAUGGAACAAAGUGGACCUAUAUUUCUCUCAAUUAUUUUCAAUCAACGAAGUCGCCUGCAUCGUUGAGUCAAAAGUUUACGUAUCUGCAACUAAAACGCAAGAGAUCUUCAUAUCAUAAUCCAUGGACUCGCGAAGAGGACGAGAUAUUAAAGAGGGGAGUUUCGAAAUAUGGGGUCGGAGAUUGGAUUAGCAUAUCCAAACUAUUGCAAAAUAGGGAUAACGUGCAAAUUUACAAUCGAUGGCAAGUUAUUUCUAAAACAAAACGUGGUCGGUGGACAGAUGAUGAGCACAAACUGCUUCUAGAUCUUGUUGAUAAGCAUGGACAGAAGUGGACAGAAUUGUCCGAUAUUUUGAACCGACCAGCAAAAUGCAUUCAAAGCUAUUAUGAAUACAAUAUUGUUAACAAAAAGUGGACUGCAGAGGAGAACAAUACGCUCUACCAAGCAAUUAAAGAAUAUGGUGAAAAUUGGGAUAUAAUCAUGAAGCAUUUUCCAUAUAGAACCGUUAACAACGUGAAAUUUCAUUUUCAAUAUAUUGUCGCGUGCAAUCCUAACAUCAAUAAGGGUAAAUGGAAUGAAGAGGAGGUUGAAGCAUUUGAUAAAGCAUUUAAAAAGUACGGAAAAAAAUGGAAACUAAUUUCCCAAGAAGUCAAGACCAGGACACCUCAACAAUGUAAAGAUCAUAUAAAAAGACAGUUAUCAAAACAAUUAUCAAGUUUCUUCAAUAAAAGGUCAUUAUCCUAA